CUCAGUUUUCCACUUGACUAUCAACCAACAGCUUCUGAACUCAACCACCGGCCUUGCGAUACCCAAUUAUCAGCUUCUGACAAAUCCUUCAGAGCCAUGGCAUCCCUCAUCUCAAGAAAUUUUGUCCGGGCAGCAUCCUCCGCUGCAAAGAGCCCGAGGGACACAUCCUUUGUCAAGCAGGGAGCCAAACGAGACCCUGAGCUCUACAUUCUUUUGGGCGUCAUGUCUGGUGCAUUCGGCCUCGCUGGAUUCUACUUUGGACGUAAACCCACCUCGGCCUCUUCCGAAGCCGAUGUCUCGGUCGCCAACAGCUCCAUGCCAUGGGAGGUCGAGCACGACGAGUCUCAGGACGAGUCAAAGGACUUUAAAUACCAAUAUCAUCCCAAAGGAGACAGGAGCCAAACACCAAAGAACGCCCCCAGUGCUCUGAACACGGUCAUUGUGCCCAACGUCACACUACCAAAGGAGAUUCAUGACCAGUUCAACAAGUGGGGAAAGGACAGCGACACAUAUUAGACAAGCGAACACUAUCAUAAGCUCCUGAGGUUGAAGUCAUGCUGGAUUGCCCCGCGUGAAAGACGAGUCCACAAUCAAAUAUUGCGGCGCAGAGAGAAUUUGUACAUAUCGGAAAGGGAAAGAAAGACACACACCAAUCGAGUAUAUCUCGACUAUCCAGUCCAUUUGAUCGUGCAGUAUCUGUGUAUCUGCUUGGUUGUCUUUGCGUAAAUCACGUGUUACUGGGUGCGCACGACUAACCUAUCAGAGAAUAGCUAGACAAUGUUAGUCGAAGGACCAUUUCAGCAUCACUAAUGCUACAUUGACAGCCGUCACAAAUCUAUAAACAGGUGCAGAUGAAAUUACAAUUUGAGUCUGAACGUACUACUCAACCAUUCACCCCUCUCCUAUUU